AUGGCCGGAAGGGGAAGGGGAAGGGGAAGGGGAAGGGGAAGGGGGAGGAAGGAGAAGGAAACUCGGAGUUCCGAGAAGAAGGUUAAGAGGUCAAGGAGCAGCAAAGCCGAUCUCCGUUUUCCGGUCGGCAGAAUAGCUCGCUUUCUCAAGGCCGGAAAGUACGCCGGCCGAAUCGGCGCCGGAGCUCCGGUGUACCUCGCCGCCGUCCUCGAGUACCUUGCCGCUGAGAUCUUGGAGCUGGCUGGAAAUGCGGCAAAGGAUAAUAAGAAGGUGAGAAUAACUCCACGGCACAUUCAGCUUGCUGUAAGAAAUGAUACAGAGCUUUCUAAGUUGAUGGACAAUGUCACAAUACCUAGUAGUGGUGUCACACCUGCCAUUCAUUGUUUUCUUGUUCCUUUAUCUACUGAGAAAGAGGCCUUUGAUGAUGAAAUCUAACAAUAAUCUUCUCCUUCUUGUUCUGUGUAUUUGAUGCUUCAAUUUUAUUUUGAAUAAAAUUUUAAGGAGUCGUG